CCAAGCCACCAAACUUUAUUGCGCCAUGGCAUUCAUAUAGCUUCACAACUGAAACCUGCCGCAAGCAACCACCCAAUAAUCCAUUCCUUCUCCACAUCUAUUGCACGCAAAUGGACGGCAGCAGGGAGCUCAUCGCCGGCCGUGGUCCCCUGCAACAGCGGCGCGGUCGUCGCCGCCGUCUUCUUCCUCCUCUCCUUCUCCUCCUGCUACUCGCCGUCGCCGAUCGCUCGCCGCACGCUGCCGCCAGCAUCUUCGGCGGCGACGCGGCAUCGGAGUGCAGCCGAACCUGCGAAUCCGACCACUGCACAGCGGCGCCGCUGAUGCGUUACGGCAAGUACUGCGGCGUGGGGUACACGGGGUGCCCCGGCGAGGCCCCCUGCGACGCCCUCGACGCCUGCUGCAUGAUCCACGACGCCUGCGUCCAGGCCACCGACAACGACUACCUGAACCUGUGGUGCAACCAGAGCCUGCUGGACUGCGUGGCGGCGGCCACGUCAUCGUCGACGACGGCGGCGACGUUCGAGGGGAACCGGUGCAACAUGACGGAGGUCGCCGACGAGAUCACCUCCGUCGUGGAGGCCGCCGUGUACGCCUGGGGCAUCUUUCACAAGCCGUAGCUAGCUUACGUGUGCCCGUGUGGGGCCCCUAGCGAGACACAGACAGUCAAAAAGAGGGAAAGCGGUGGCUGGAGCGGUGGAGCCGAUGGCCUACAAAAAGGCUGGUGGGGAUUAGUCAUGCAGACCGUGCAGUUGACGACCUGCUCGCCGCCGCUAUACCUGGUCGUCUUCUUCUUGUUCAUUUCUAGUUUCUACCAAUCUGUAAAGAUCAGAUACAUUGUGAUUUUGGUUUUGAAAUGAUGAUAUGGCUACAAGAUGGCCAAUGAGAAAA